CAGAUAAGGAAGUAAAUAUGCUGAGGGUCUCGUUGAAAGUAGUUACGGGCAGCGUGUCAUUACUAACUCGUUUGCAUACAUGACUACUAAGGUGUCCGUGCUCGUGUUGUAUUUCGCAAAAAGCGCAGAUCUCACGGGACUAAAAUCUGAAGUGAUCCAUGUUCAGCCGGAACUGACAACCCUCGCGCUGUGGCAGGAGCUUGUGAACAGACACUCCCGACUGUCUGCUGUGCGGGAGCAGAUUGUGCUGGCUGUGCGUCAGGAGUACGUGACUAUUGGGUGCCAGCUCGUAAACCUGAAAAACGGAGACGAGGUUGCUGUCAUUCCGCCGUUAAGCGGAGGAUAA